UUAGCUGGUCCUCAUGUCGGUCAAACCCAGCCCUGGGCCCAGCCCGACUUUAGCACCUGGCAAAGAUUUUGGAGAGGUCCACAACUGGACAGAACUGCUCCACGUUUUCAACCACACCUUCUCUGAUUGCCACACGGAACUCAACGAGAAUGCCAAACAAGUCGUCCUCUUUGUCCUCUACCUGGCCAUCUUUGUGGUAGGGUUAGUGGAGAACGUCCUGGUGAUUUGUGUGAACUGGCGCCGCUCGGGCCGGGCGGGGCUGCUGAACUUGUACGUCCUAAACAUAGCGAUCGCCGACCUGGGCAUCGUCCUGUCCCUGCCCGUUUGGAUGCUGGAGGUCAUGCUGGACUACACCUGGCUCUGGGGCAGCUUCUCCUGCCGUUUCACUCACUACUUCUACCUUGCCAACAUGUACAGCAGCGUCUUCUUCCUCACGUGCCUGAGCAUUGACCGCUAUGUCAGUCUCGACAACCCCUCUCCCUCCUGGCAGCGCCACCAGCACCGGGUGCGGAGGGCUGUGUGCGCCGGGGUCUGGGUCCUCUCGGCCAUCAUCCCGCUGCCUGAGGUGGUACACAUCCAGCUGAUGGACGGCUCUGAGCCCAUGUGCCUCUUCCUAGCGCCUUUCGAGACGUACAGCACGUGGGCCCUGGCGGUGGCCCUGUCUGCUACCAUUCUGGGCUUCCUACUGCCCUUCCCCCUCAUUGCAGUCUUCAACAUCCUGACAGCCUGCCGGCUUCGGAAGCAAGGACGGCCGGAGAGCCGGCGCCACUGCCUGCUGCUGUGGGCGUACAUAGCCGUCUUUGCCGUCUGCUGGCUGCCUUACCAUGUGACUAUGCUGCUGCUCACCCUGAACGCGACCCACAUCUUCCUGCACUGCCACCUGGUCAGCCUGCUCUACUUCUUCUACGAAAUCAUCGACUGCUUCUCCAUGCUGCACUGCGUGGCCAACCCCAUCCUCUACAACUUUCUCAGCCCCAGCUUCCGGGGCCGGCUGCUGAGCAUCGUGGUCCGUUACCUUCCCAAGGAGCAGGCCAGAGCGGCCGGAGGCGCGGCUCGCUCUUCCUCGUCCACCCAGCACUCCAUCGUAAUCACUAAAGAGGGCAGCCUGCCCGCUGCAGAUGGCCACCCCCACCCCACCCGGAACUCUCAGGCGUCCUCUCCGCCUCCGAACACCAUAGCCAGCUGAGGAAGAUUCCAGACUCUUCUUCCAUCAGUAACGGGAGUCUGGAUCUGGGGGAGGGGCAGGGAGGAGGGCUGGGAAGGGUAGUCUGGGGCCUCCCUUGGUGG